UGUGGUCACUUUUAUUACUACAACUUGUUUACCAGAAAGGAAGAAGGCCUGCUGAUCCAUGUGCUCUGAAAGAAGCCCUUUUUGUUGUGUUUUCUUUAAUCUAAGUGCGAAAAGGGGAAAACAGCAUCAUCUUUUUACACGAUUCUCAUUAAACCCUGCUAAAGAACCAAAUGGAGUGCUUCUUGGUGGACGGAUGGGAAAGUAUUUAUCUACCUGUAUAGCUGAGUUACUGCUAAAAGUCACAGUGCUUAGCGAGGCCAGGACAGUAAAAAGACGUAGUAAAAAGACAUCCCAUGCAGAAAAGACAAAGGAAAAAGACAACUUCUGAGCCAUGGACAACAAAGAUAAUGAACAGAAGGCAAGUGAUGAGCAAUCAAAUAAGGACAUGGUUCAAAGUACAGUGUACCAUGUCCGUUCCGUAGCCUCACGGUCAUCUACGUGCUCCUCAGUCAGUUUGGCCGCAGCUAAAGCAAGAGCUAAGCCUGAAGCAGCUAAAGUUCAAUUGGAGUUUCAUGAAAAAGAGACAUAUAUUCAGAUUGAGAAGGUAAAACUUGAAGCAUCACUGCGUGCACUCACUCUUCAAAAGGCAGUUACAGCUGCUAAUGCUGAAGCAAAAGUAUUUGAGGCAGUAGCAGCAGACAUAGAAGAAGGAAAAUACAGUGAGACAUCCGAGCGCAGCCCUGUAGCCAUACAAACACUGAAAAGGACAGAAGACUAUGUAAAAGAGCAGUCAUCUUACUUCAGUCAGUACAACUACAAGGAUGAAUGGACUCACUCACACCCACCUAACACUAUGCCCAAUGCUGUUAACAUGCAGCAAUAUACAGUACCUAUGCCUGCUGCUGUAACCACGCAACAAUACGCAGCAUCAGAUGAAUUCAAGUCUCUUCCCAUUCAUCAGCCAGAUGUGACAGGAGGGCACGUUGAAUAAUCCGCAACUUUAACUCUUACCAUGGAGGUGACACAAUGCACAACGUUAAUGUGAAAACUGCUGUCCCUACCUCUAACGUAAACUCAGGAAAUCCCACAUUUGACCUGGCAAGGUUUUUAGCACGCAACCAAGUCAUAACAUCUGGUCUAGUCAAAUUUGAUGACACUGCAUAACAUUAUGAAGCAUGGCGAGCUUCAUUCAUCAGUGCUAUAGAACCACUAGGGCUGACACCUAGUGAAAAAGUUGAUCUGAUGGUGAAAGGGCUUGGCAAGGAGUCAAGUGAGCAUGCGGCCAGAAUAAGAGCAGUUAAUGUUAACUGGCCUAUGGAUGGACUUAAAGCAAUAUGGGCAAGACUGGACAAAAUAUAUGGCUCACCAGAGGCAAUUGAAAAUGCUUUUUUCUCAAGACUUGAAACUUUUCCCAAAAUCCAAUCCAGAGAUAACCACAAACUUCAAGAGCUAGCAGAUCUUCUAGAAGAGCUCCAGAUUGCAAAGCAAAGUGACAAGUUGUGUGGUUUAGCCUAUUUGGACACGGCUAGAGGUGUCCGGCCUAUUGUAGAGAAGCUCCCCUACCCUCUACAGGAACGCUGGAUGUCACAAGGUUCUAGAUUUAAAAGAGAUUAUAAUGUGUCUUUCCCACCAUUUUCCUUCUUCAAAGAAUUUGUGUGCUCAGAAGCUGAAGUAAGGAAUGAUCCAAGUUUUAAGACUCUCUCACUCACGUGUGCUCCUCAGAGAAAGGAAAAAUGUGCACCAGUCAGACACCCAGUUGCUGUCAAUAAAACAAAUGUCACACAAGAUCAAAUAAGCACUCCUGUCAAAUCAACAGAGAAAAUCCCUGUUAACCCAGAAAAACAAUGCCCUAUCCAUAACAAACCGCACCCGUUGAGUAAGUGCAGAGGAUUUGUUAAAAUGACUCUUGAUGAACGCAAAAAACUUCUCAAAGAACACAUGAUCUGCUGUGCUUCUACAGGUCAUAUGGCCAAAAACUGUCAAGCUCCAAUCAAAUGUUUGGAAUGGGCAAGUGACAAACAUGUUAGUGCCAUGCAUUUCAGUGGAACAAGCGUGGUUCAAUCCUCAAGUCAGCCCCCACCGUGUGCAGAGGACUGCGGGGAGGAAGAGACGAAACAGGAAAGAAGCUCAAACUGCACUAAAGUCUGCGCCAAAAAACAAAGUGGUAAAUCGUGUUCCAAGAUUAUUCUGGUUAACGUGUAUCCCUCAGGUCAACAGCAGAGGAGUAUGAGGAUGUAUGCAGUUCUGGAUGACCAGAGCAAUCUCUCCCUGGCAAGAAGUGAGUUUUUUGAUAAGUUUGACAUACACGGCACUGAGGCUCCUUACAGCAUUACAACGUGUAUGGGCGCAACACAAGCAUAUGGAAGGAGAGCCCAUGGUUAUGUGAUAGAGUCUCUAGACAAAGAAACAUGUCUGCAGCUUCCCACAUUGAUUGAAUGUGACAAUCUCCCUAACAACAGGAAAGAAAUCCCGACACCGGAAGUGGCCUAUCACCACAACCACCUGAACAAAAUAGCUUCAGAAAUCCCUCCUCUCAACCCCAAUGCUGAAAUUCUCCUGCUGAUAGGAAGAGACCUGUUGAGAGUGCACAAAGUACGGAAACAGAUAAACGGACUGAAUAAUGAACCAUUUGCACAAAAAUUGGAUCUUGGCUGGGUGGUAGACGGUGAUGUCUGUGUCAAUGGAAUGCAUGGGCCUCCAACAGUGAGCAGCAUGAAGACAUACAUAUCUGACAGUGGCAGACCUACAUUUUUAGGGUGUGAGAACAAAAUAAAAGUAAGAGACUUGUACACAGAAACAUCAGACACACUUUCGGUGUUUUCAAGAACAAUUCAUGACCACCAGUUAGCUCCCUCUAUUGAAGACAAACGCUUCUUGGAAAUAAUGGAAAAAGGCUUUCUCCAAGAUGAUUCAAAUAGCUGGGUCGCCCCUCUCCCAUUCCGGCAUCCUCGUCGCAAGCUACCUAAUAACAGAGAAUAUGCAGAGAAACGUUUUGCCUCUCUGGAAUGCAAUCUUCAGAAGAAACCUGAAAUGAAAAGGCACUUUUUUGCGUUUAUGCAAAGGCUGCUUAAUAAUCAUCACGCUGAGCUUGCUCCACCACUCAAAGAAGAAAAGGAAAGGUGGUACUUACCCACUUUUGGAGUUUAUCAUCCGCAAAAGCCCAGCCAAAUACGUGUCGUGUUUGAUUCAUCUGCACAGUUUGACGGCGUCUCACUGCAUGACGUUUUGCUGCAGGGUCCAGACCUAAAUAACAGUCUUCUUGGAGUUCUGAUGAGAUUCAGAAUAGGCCCAAUCGGAGUUUUAGCAGAUAUAGAGCAGAUGUUCCACUGCUUUGUGGUUCAAGAAGAGUGCAGAGACAUGCUCAGGUUUUUGUGGUACCGCGACAAUCAGCCAGGGAACGAAGUGGUUGAAUACCGCAUGAGGGUUCACAUAUUUGGGAACAGUCCAUCACCUGCAAUCGCCAUUUAUGGCCUACGGAGGGCAGCAAAGGAAAUGGAGCAAGUCUAUGGCAGCAAAACAACAGAGUCAGUGGAGAAACAUUUUUACAUGGACGAUGCAGUGCUGUCUUUCACAUCAGAAGCCGAGGCCACUGUCAAUAACAGAGUGCAGCGCAUCAGACAAGUGUCUCAGCCUAAUCAGUGGAGAUUUGUGCCCACCAAACUCAAUCCAGCAAAUUGUGUCUCGAGAUCAGUUGCAGCAGAAGAGCUUGUCAACACCCUCUGGUUAACUGGACCAAGAUUCCUCACAGACACGGACUCGACAAAGAUUGGUUCAGAUGAACAAUACUUGCUUAUCAAUCCAGAUGAUGACACAAAGGUCAGGGUGAACAAUGUGGUAACAGAGUCAUCAACUCACAAACUAUUUUCAAGUCGCUUUGAACGUUUUUCCAACUGGAAAUCUCUCCUGAAAGCGGUUGCCAGACUCAUUCACAUCGCUCAAAGCUUCUCAAACAAAAACAGCAACAGCUGUCGAAGUUGGUGUUACUGCAACAACAUCUCAUCUUCAGAAAUGGAUAAAGCGGAGUGACUGAUCAUUCACACAGUGCAACAACAGUGCUUCUCACAGGAAAUCUCUGCAAUCAGGAAAGACCAAAGUCUAUCAAAGAACAGCCCUAUUCUCAGACUCAAUCCAUUCAUCGACAAUGAGGGGCUCCUAAGAGUUGGAGGACGUUUGCAGCAUUCUAUGUUACAAAGAAACGAGUCAAAUCCGAUCAUAAUACCCAACAAACACCACAUUGCAACUCUGCUAGUGCGUCAUCAUCACGAGAGAGUGAAACACCAGGGAAGGCAUCUAACAGAAGGAGCCGUUCGCACCAGUGGACUGUGGUUGGUUGGAGGUAAGCGGCUCAUAAGCACCAUCAUUCACAAGUGUGUGUGUUGCAGAAAGCUUCGUGGACUGUCAGAACAACAGCUUAUGUCUGACCUACCUGAAGAAAGGCUCAAAGUGGACCCACCAUUCUCAUAUGUGGGCCUGGAUGUCUUUGGCCCGUGUGAGAUUGUGACAAAAUGUACAAGAGGAGGCCAAAUAAACAACAAAAGGUGGGCAGUGUUGUUCACAUGCCAUCCACCAGGGCCAUCCACAUUGAGGUUGUGGAAACAAUGACUGCCUCAAGCUUUAUCAAUGCUCUCCAGAGAUUCUUUUCACUCCGCGGACCAGCCAAGCAACUCUCAGGUCUGACAGAGGGACCAACUUUAUUGGCGCCUGUAAUGAGCUGAAACUAUCACCGCAAGAUGCCAAUAACAUGAUCAAAGACUAUCUAACAGAACAAAGGUGCACAUGGGAAUUCAACCCGCCCCAUGCGUCCCACAUGGGUGGAAUUUGGGAAAGAAUGAUUGGGGUUUCUCGCCGCAUUCUAGAUGCUCUACUCCUAGAUGUGAAGCAACCUCAGCUCACCCACAAAGUUUUGGUGACCUUCAUGGCAGAGGUCACAGCUAUCGUUAAUGCAAGACCCCUUGUGUCAAUUUCCACAGACCCUGAAGCUCCACUGGUCUUAACUCCAGCUAUGCUUCUUACUCAGAAAACAGGAGCUCCUCCUCCAGUUCCAGACAACCUGACAGAGAAGGACGUCUUCAAGAGUCAACGGAAGAAAGUUCAGAUACUAGCCAACAACUUUUGGACAAGAUGGCGGAAAGAAUAUCUCUGCACCAUUCAAGGUCGUCAAAAGUGGCUCGUAAAGAAAACAAAUCUCAAGGAAGGAGAUAUUGUCCUCCUGAAGGAUUCCACUGCUAAGCGCAACGAGUGGCCCAUGGGACUUGUUAAGACAUACCCCAGCAAGGACGGGCUUGUGAGAAAAGUGGAUGUUAAAGUUGCAAAACAUCAGGAUGUAAAGACAUUCAGCCGACCAAUCUCAGAAUUGAUUCUUCUAUUGACACCUAGUAAUGUGGACAUUUGAUUUAGUGGCAUCUUUUAAAGACGCCAGGCGGGGAGUGUAGUGAAACCUGUUUAAUUUAAUGUUAUUCAAUGUUAAGUUCAUCUGCUGAGGCCACCUAGUGGCAAAUGUUAUAAUUUUGUCUAUUGCUGGUUCACUGACGCCAUCUUGUGGUCACUUUUAUCACUACAACUUGUUUACCAGAAAGGAAGAAGGCCUGCUGAUCCAUGUGCUCUGAAAGAAGCCCUUUUUGUUGUGUUUUCUUUAAUCUAAGUGUGAAAAGGGGAAAACAGCAUCGUCUUUUUACACGAUUCUCAUUAAACCCUGCUAAA